AGCAACAGGUUUCUAAAACAGUCGAGGCACACAACUUUAAGGAGCAAAGAAAGAGCUGCUAUCCCGCCGGGCAAAGGGCCACAUGAACUAGGUGAUGGCAGCCAUGGCUGCCAGCGACGUCUACCUGGAUUAUGUUUCCCAGAAUGCUAAUGGGAGCUCUGUAGCCCGGUUAGGGACAGUCCCCGUAGCCAGGACAGUGGUGACAGCACUUGUAUUCUUGGGGCUUACACAAGUCCUGUCAACAGUUGGAUUAUUUCUUUACUUCAGAUCACUGACUGGAGAGAUAUCACCCAAUCAGCCUGGAGGAAGCUAUGCAGAUCAUGUGAAAGCAUCUACAGAUGAAACUGACACUACAUCGACAAAAGACAGAAGUGGAAUGGCUUUGUCUGCAAGUGAAUGCAUUUCUGCAAUAUGUAGGCAAGUGGAUCAUGGAGAACAGAUUUCUGAGGAAUAUGGAGCACAGCAUGAAUCUGCUGAAGGAGGACAUUCCAGUAAAGGUUACAUAACUACGUAUGCAUUUUCAAAUAAGGAACAGAUGGCAAAAAAUGAACAAUGGCCAAUUGCUCACCUCACACUCAACUAUUAUAAAAACAUUACAAAAGAUAUUGCUGUAUCAUCUCAGCAAAUUGUGCCAUGGGAACAUACUAAGGGCCUAGGAAUUAUGACAAAUAUGACACUUUUUGAAGGGAAACUGAAGAUACACCAGAAUGGCUUUUACUACGUUUAUAUAAAUAUAGGCUUCAGAUAUCAUAGGUCAUUUGGUGAGAAGAAGCACAGCAGCAAAGGUCAACCUUUACUUACAUAUGUCUUCCGGAAAAGCAUGUCAAGAAGUGACAGUAUUCUUCUCAUGAAAGGUGGCAGUAGCAGGUACUGGAACAGUUCUGCAGAAUACAACUUUUAUUCUACAUAUCAAGGAGGUGUGUUCAUGUUAAAGUAUGGUGAUGAGAUUUAUGUUAACGUGACUGAUGCAUCAUUAGUGGACAGAGAACAAUCCGUCUCAUAUUUUGGAGCAUUUAAAGUUCUGAGUUCUAUACCUUGACAUAUGUGUGGAUACUUCCUGCAAGUUUAUCAACAAAUGUUUAGCUGUUACACAGACGUUCAACCAAAUGCGUAUUAAAACUUUUAAUUUUUCUUGACAUGCAGACAAAUACUUUUACAGCUUUUUGUGUGGGGUUAAUAAUAGACAGGGUGUGAUAUUUCAUUCUCCCUAACACAGUUGUUAAGUUUGGCUGUUUAAUAUUGCUACAUGCAUAAUUUAUUAAGCACACCUUUGUGCAUGUUAUAUUUUAGUAUUACUGUUCAACUGUUUUUUGUGAUAUACUGCUUUAAGGUACACCGAAGGAAACAAAAUACAUUCCCUUAAUUGUUUCUGCCAUAAGCAGUAUUAACAUUAUUCUGCAAUAUGUUUUAUGUUUUAUGAUAUUCAUGCUGAGAUUUUUUUAUGAAAAUUCACUUCAUUUUUUUUUUCUUGUCAAACAUCAUUUGUAAAUGUGGAUUAUUUACUAAAAGGCAAAAAAGUGUUUUGAUAUAUAGUGCAAAUAUUUUUGCUAAGCAUUUAUUUUUACUGUUUUGUACAUAGUAAUUUUACAUUAAUGGUCAAAUUAUUUAACAUGGAGAUUGUCAUUUUUGUGAAAUAUUGCAGCAAUAUGUGUUAAAGUAUUAUACCAUUUCUGACUGACGCACUUUGUUGAUUUGUAUGAGUCAAUCGCAGCUAAGAACAAAGUUCACUAUAAUGAAUGUAAUAUAUUAAGUGUUGUUUAAUUUAAUAUAUUUGUUUUUUAUGUCAGUAUUAUGCAGGUACAUGAGUAACUGUAAACGUCAAAGCUGAUUAUAUUAUUUCUAAGCCUUUCAUUUUUCACCAAAUCAUUUUACCCAUUUGUGGCAAAAUGCAACAUUGGUGAGUAACUGUAUUACAUUGUGUAAUGUAGUUGUAGCGGGCCUACACACCACUGUAGUAUAUAAAAUAUUACUGACUGAACAGUACCAGUUAAAGGAAAUAGCUGGUAGUGUGUUUUAUUUAUGAGACUAAGUGUCGUCAAAGAGGAAAUUUAAAUUAUAUGUUUGUGUUAUAAGUGAUUGUACACAUAUAUUUCUAGUGAUUCAUUUUUGUAACUGCCCUUUAUCUGAAGAGAAAUAGUUACUGAAUGGAUCUCAAGAAUUGUUGCAUUUCAGAUAAAGACUUAAACUGCUUUGUCAUGAAUUAUUUUUGUUCAAGUAACCUUAAUAAAUCAGUUUACAAACAAUACAGUGAUGUGUUUUAGUGGAGUAGAGUCAUGUUUCCAUGUUUUAAGAAGCAGAAGAUACUGAGGCAAAGACCGUAUGAAAUCCAUCACAUUUAACACUGAAGAAUUAAGCCAAAUCCUUCUUGUAUUUUUAUCUUCAUGACUGAUGGCUUUAAAAUCAGCAUGGUAAGGAACAAGACAGUACUGACUUAUUAAUAAAAUGCAUUGUUUUUUAUUGAAAUAUUCCAAAGACAACACAUUGCUGAAGUUUACAUUAAAUCUCCUGUCUGAUACAUGGUGAGAAAAAUAAAGAAAAGUAUUUUACAAUCAGUAAUUCUUAAUACUGAAAAUGUUAUGGAAUGUAGUUUCCAUUAAUAUCAGUGGGCCAGCUACUGCAUCUAUAGUUGUUCUAUGUAUGAAGAGUAAGCAAUGUCACACUUAUUACUGAUACAUAAAACAAAGAUUAUAAUUCACAAU